UCCAGACCGCGAGAAGAUGAGCAAUGGCAAUAGAAAACAAACCUGGGGAGGAAUUUGACACAGUUUUCAGUCGAAAUGACUCCCUGGAGCUCUCGUCUCAUCACGAAUAUGACACUACACACGCUCGGAUAUUCAAGAUAAUAGUAAUAGGAGACUCAAAUGUGGGGAAGACGUGUUUGACUUACCGGUUCUGCGGGGGCACUUUCCUGAAAAACCCAGAGGCAACUAUCGGGGUCGAUUUCAGAGAGAGGACGUUGGAGCUGGAUGGAGAGAGGAUCAAGUUGCAGAUUUGGGACACAGCAGGUCAGGAGCGUUUCAGGAAGAGCAUGGUGGAGCACUACUACCGCAGCGUCCACGCUGUCAUCUUUGUGUACGACGUGACCAGUCUUCUUUCCUUCGAGAGCAUCCCCGAGUGGAUUCAAGAGUGCAGCCGGCACUCCGUGGGGCCCCUGGUGCCCCGCAUCAUGGUGGGAAACAAGUGUGACCUGAGGGACCGCCGGGAGGUUCCUACAUCGGCAGCGCAGUGUCUGGCUGACAGCUACAACUUCCCGCUGUUUGAGACUUCAGCCAAGGACCCGGCUGAGAAGGAACAUGUUGAUGCUAUCUUCCUGACUUUAGCUUACAGGCUGAAGAGCCACAAACCCCUGAGACUAAAGCAGCCCAGUGAGAGCAAUUUCAGGCAAAUGUGGAACCAGAGAGAGCAGGAAUCAGCAACUUGUCAGUGCUGAGGUCACCUACAUCCUAUGUGGAUGCACUCAGAUGAAAUAAUAUGGUCACGACAGCCUAAUAUUAAGUGUGCUUUGAACAACACUGAGGCUAAAUUCACAAAGCACUCUCAUGUCAGUUAGGUAGAAAUGACAGAAGCUUGUUAUGAGAGGUAAAAGUUUCCACAGUAUUAAACUAAAAAUUCAAUAAAAUGCAUGAAUGCAUAUGGAGGUAUGCCGAAUAUUUGUAGCACAAACUGCGCUUCAGAUCACAGAGUCUGCAAACAGAACAUUGCAGAGUGCACUUUAGUAGAUAAAUGAUCAUGAAUGAUAUGCAGCCAUCGCCAGUACAGCAGCAUUACCGCACUAUAACGUAUCUGCAGAACUCAAUGCAAUUAAGAGAACUUAAUGAAGAGAAAAAUAGAUUUUUGUGUGAGUAAAGGGACCAAUAAGAUACACCGAUACUGUGACGAACACUGCAAGCAAAUGUUCUGAAGUGAUAUUUUAGUUCUUAAAUCUGCAGUGUGGGAUUUGGUGCUGUUAUUGAAUGUAUUUGUGUCAGCUCAUGUAUGUACACGGCUGUUUGGAGAGAGCUCAGAUAAAACCUGAGAACAUAAGUGACUAAAUGUUGCUGUGCCACAUAGUUCACUUGAAAAGCAUGCCCAAAAAGAAGCUCAGCAGAUCUGGAAACUGAUGAAAAACACCACAGCUGACUGUUUAAUG